AUGGGUUACGUUUUGGGUCAAUAUGAUGACACAGAAAAGAAAGAACAUGAAAUAUAUUAUCUCAACAAGAAAUUCAUUGAAUGUGAGACCAGAUACUCACUUUUAGAGAAAACUUAUUGUGCUUUGGCUUGGGUUACUCGGCGCCUGAGACAAUACAUUGUUUUCCAUACUACUUUAUUGAUAUCUAAAAUGGAUUCGAUAAAGUAUAUAUUUGAAAACCUUGUUGUCACUGGUAGAAUUGUUAGGUGGAAAAUGUUGUUAACCGAAUAUGAUACUCAGUAUGUGACUCAGAAAGCGAUAAAGGGGGGUGUUAUGUUUGACUACCUUGCUCAUUUACCUGUGGAGGGUUAUCAACUGUUGAGGUUUGACUUUCCAAAUGAAGACAUCAUGUUUGUCAAUGAUUUCGCUAUUCUAGGCCCCGGGGAAGGCCCCGAACCUGGAUCACGAUGGACGCUCAUGUUCGACGGUGCUUCCAAUGCUCGUGGUCAUGGAAUAAGGCAGUUAUUACUUUUCCAAGUGGCUUUCACCUUCCGUUUACUGUUAGAUUAUGCUUUGAUUACACCAAUAAUAUGGCAGAAUAUGAGGCAUGUACAUAUGGUAUUGAGGUGA